AUUGUGCUAAUAUUACAACGAGUGGAAUCCACAAUGUGCUCAUUCCUAGCUUCAGUGAUAAACCCUUCAGAGUAUAUUGCGAUGCGGAAACUCGAGGAGGUGGUUGGACCGUCAUAUUGCGUCGUUCUGAUGGAACUGAGAACUUUCAUCGAAAAUGGAACAUUUACAAGAAGGGCUUCGGGAAUUUGGAUGGCGAGUUCAUUUUGGGAUUAGAUAAAAUUCAUGCGUUGACAUCAGAGAAUACUAUGGAGCUCCUAGUGCAGGUUAUGGAUUUCGAAAACGAUACACGUUUUGAAACGUACAAAAGAUUUGGAAUCGCAAGCGAGGAAGAAGAUUACGCAUUAAACACUCUGAGCAAGGGCGAAGGAACUGCUGGAGAUUCACUCGAAAAACAUUUUAGAAUGAAAUUUUCUACCAUUGAUCGUCAGAAUGAUCUUCAGCCAGAAAGGCCCUGUGUCGAUGCCUAUAAAGGUGGCUGGUGGUAUCAUGCUUGUCACGAAAGCCUUCUAACUGGAACUUGGGGAGACCACAAUCAUGGUUAUGGUAUCAAUUGGUUCACAUUCCGCGGACACAAGCAAUCGAUGAAGACAGCAGUCAUGAUGAUAAGGCCGCGAAUAGUCUAAGCUGCUUUACUGGCAGUGCUGAUAAAAUGCGAUUUAAUUGUUUGAGUGUAAUUACU